GUACUACUAAACAACACAAAAGAAAAAAAUUAGAAGGAACGGGAGGGGAGGGGUAUACGACUAUACGAGAAGAAGGCAUGGAGGGAGAGGAGGCCAAAUUGCUGCUAGGAUUUCCUCCUCACUCUCAUCCCUCUCCAUCCCAGGUGAAAACUGCUUACAAGUCCAAGGUCUGGGACACUCAUCCUGAUCGCUUUCCUCCUCAUCUCAAAUCCAAAGCUGAGCAUCGUUUUAAGUUGAUAUCAGAAGCUUAUGCUUGCCUUCGAUCUGGUGGUAAACAAGAAAAUUUACACAAGGCAUCAUAUUCAAAAGUUGUGAGAAGUGGAGUUCCAAGAGCAUGUGGCAGUGGGGGGCAUCGCGCUCUGAUUGCUGCUCCCUUCCUCCUUAUUGUUCUGAGCACUGUUGCUUUUGGAGGAUCAAUUGUUACCAGGUCUUACAAACGACAAAAGGAGGCUUAUCCUUCUCAUAACCCUUUUCUGCCUUGAUCAUAACCACCAGGCAGACCAUCUCGUUUUAGCAGUGUAUGGGUUCUUGUCCAAAACUUUUACAUGUUAGAAGUUCAUUUUCUGCUGUCUUUGCAAUUCUAAGGUGUUGGUGCAAACCAACCAUAUACUUGGUUGUCAUUGUCUUCAGUUGAAUAGGGAUACAAUCUUCUGACAAAUUAAUGCUCUCAAUAGGAUUCAUUAUUGCAAAAUUUGAGCCUGAAAAACUACUUUAUACCUAAGACUAAUAAGGGCCAUUUGACAACUAUUUGGUGUUUUGGCCCCUUUUUUUUUCAUUUGGAAAAUCUGAAAUCUUGAUAGUGAUUUUAUCAAGGAAUAUAAAAAUAAAAAAGGAAGGUGGUAUCUACACUAUUACCUGACCUUUUGUAUGUGUAUCUGAAAAUCCAGAGUUCGACCAAUUAGUUGCUGUCUUCUAUUCCUUCAUUUUUUCACAUUUAGGAUUAUCUCGUCGGUCUUAAUUGGAAUGUAUUUGCUGUUGUUGCCCUUCAUAAUUGUUGAAAGCAACCGAAGAGAUUGAUGGUUUGUGCUCAAGAAUUCAUACUCGGUGCCUUAUGUUCUUUUGGUGUGUUCCACGCAGCUUGUGUGGGUUGGGCAGUUUGUUUCUCCGUUUUUCAGUCAAUUUCCAUAGCCUUCAACAAUUUUGUUUGAACCAGUGCACUGAAGUAGCUGGGAAUGUUUAAGGUGUUUGUUAUUAGAGGGCAUGUUGUGCUGUAAGAGUAAUUCAUUCUUGUGUGGGAUUUAAGAGAACAUUUUGAUCUGGGGUUAGACCUCUAUUCAUUGUUUGGCCUUUUCAGUUUAAUUGUUCUGCGAGAUUUUUGGUUCA